AUGAUUAUUCCAGAGAAGAACUGCAGAGAGAUCUCUAAGUACCUCUUCCAAGAGGAUGUUUGCUAUGCAAAGAAAGGCUUUAACCUUGCGAAGCACCCGAAAAUCGAUGUGCCGAAUCUGCAGUGUACACGUAUAUCAUGUGCAGAGAACAACCAGUUAGACAUGGCAUCAGAUUUCGUAGUCACUCUCUUUACCCACGCCCUAACCAUGGGUCCAUGGUACACUGCACCUAUCAAAUAUCAUCAACAAGAAACCAAGUAUCUUAGGCUGGAGGUGAUCAGCCUCGUCUUAAACAGAUUGGUCACCAAAGAAACACAAUCUGUCUCCAUGCAUGCAUCAGGAAACCAACAGCUUGUUGGCAAGUUGAAUGCCUAUGGCCUAAUAGGACAGCCAAGUUUUUCAGAAGAAAAUAGUGGAGAUCUUGGGGCAUUUUGA